AUGUCCCCCCACAUCCUCUCCCUCCCCGCCGAACUCCUCAGCCAAAUCAUCACCUCCCUCCCCCUCCCCUCCCUGCUCCGCUUCUCAGAAACCUGCCGUCCAGCCCGCACCCUCGCAAACGCAAACCUGCAAUCCCUCUCGUUGGGAAUCCCCCCUUACCCUCCCCAUACUCAUUCUCCGCAUCAAACCACCGUCCAUCCCACUCCCGACCGCCAUCCCCACGACCACUGGCUCCACAUCCCAAACAUAACAACCUACCCCUACACCACCCUCUCAAACUUCCAAUCCGCCCUCCUCACCACCCUCCUAACCCGCCACGCACCCCUCCUCUCGCACGUCGACAUCACGCUCUGGACCAUGAGCGUCCGCAUGGCGCACGCACUGCGCAACCUCUCCGCACUGCAACGGCUUUCUCUGCGUUUCGAUGCUGGGAGUCAUGGGCGCGCGGUGGAGCGCGCGCAGAUGGCGCUGGAUAGGGAGGAGCAGAGGAAGGCGUGGGGGGUGUUGGGCGCCGAGACGCCGAGCUGGGGGAGGAGGUUGCUGGGGUUGAGGGUUGAGGGGGCGGUGGUGGGGACGGCGGAGGUUGCGGUUUUGCUGAAGGAGAGUAGGGGGUGUGAAGAGCUGUGUUUAGAAAGGUGUAGUGGGGUUGAUGGGGGAAUUUGGGAUUUUCUGGGGAGUUGGUGUGGGAAGGAACGGGUUAGAAGGGUGGAGUUUGGGGAGUGUGGGGGGGUUAUUGGGGAGGGGGUUUUGAGUAUUAUUGGGGGGAUGGGGGGGUUGGAGUAUCUUAAUGUUUAUGAUUGCCAGGAGGAACUUGCGCCGGGGACGCUGGAGAGAUGGAAUGAGGAGGUUUGGCGGAUACCGCAUUUUGUAGCGCCUAGGCCGAGUGCAUUUGGGGUGGACAUGGUGAUUGAGGUUGAUCCGGAGUAUGUCUCCUAG